AUGGAGCACGAGCAAGUGCUAGUGGUGCCUCAGGUUUCCAACGACGAUAGCUGCACCUGCAGCGGCAGCACCACGACGAGCUCGAGCUCCCUAAACGCGUCCUCCCCCAGCUCAGGUGACGACGGCGCCGUCGUGGCCGUCGGCAAGAAGCGGCCGCGCAGGGAGCUGAAGCACCCGACGUACCGCGGCGUGCGCAUGCGCACCUGGGGCAAGUGGGUGUCCGAGAUCAGGGAGCCCCGCAAGAAGUCCCGCAUCUGGCUCGGCACCUUCGACACCCCGGAGAUGGCCGCCCGCGCGCACGACGUCGCCGCGAUCGCCAUCAAGGGCCGCAGCGCGCACCUCAACUUCCCGGAAACCGCCCACGAGCUACCCCGCGCGGCCUCCGCCGCGCCCAAGGACGUGCAAGCCGCGGCAGCGCUCGCCGCCGCCGCCUCACUGUCUCCACCUGACGUCACUGCCGUCGUUCACGAUCACGAGGACGAGGAACCGGCGGCCGUGCCUGAGCAGGAAUCGCCGGACUGUGUGAUAAUCGAGAAUGCGGCACCGCAGGACAAUGGUUGCAUCGGACUAGCAGCAGACUUCUCGUUCUUCGACGUGCCGGACGCUCUUCUAGAAUUCGCGUUCACUACGCUGCCGGAGCCGCCGUCGUACUGCGGCUCGCCGUGGGAUGACUUCGUCGACGACGAUCUCUUCCUCGGGGAGCCGUUGCAGCUCUGGGAACAUUGA